AUGAUAAAACGGGAUAAAGACUGGAAACUUCGGGGUACCAAAGCGCAUGCUCGCGGGCUCGCGCGUGCACAAGCCUCACGUGUACGAGCCUCACCAGCCAACGAGCGCGUGCCCAGCGGCCGAGGCGCUAUUGGGGACGAUGCCUUUGGUCCUGAAUCGCUUCAGUCUUUGUUCUCAGAAUGGGACAAUCCAAUAUUUGCCCGUUAUCCAGAGGUUGCUGUUGACGUAAGCAGCGGCCAAGCUGAGAGCCUAGCAGUUAAAAUUCACAACAUCUUGUAUCCUUAUCGUUUCACCAAAGAAAUGAUUCAUUCAAUGCAGGUUCUCCAGCAAGUGGAUAACAAGUUUAUUGCCUGUUUAAUGAGCACUAAGACUGAAGAGAAUGGUGAGGCAGGUGGAAACCUGCUAGUCUUGGUGGACCAGCACGCUGCCCACGAGCGCGUCCGACUGGAGCAGCUGAUCAUUGAUUCCUAUGAGAAACAACAGCCACAAGGCUUUGGUCGAAAAAAAUUACUGUCUUCCAUCGUAAGUCCUCCACUAGAGAUAACAGUGACAGAGGAACAAAGGAGACUCUUACGGUGUUGCCACAAAAAUCUGGAAGAUCUGGGCCUUGGAAUUGUAUUUCCAGACACCAGUGAUUCACUGGUCCUCAUAGGAAAAGUACCACUCUGUUUUGUAGAAAGAGAAGCCAAUGAACUUCGAAGAGGAAGAUCUCCUGUGACCAAGGGCAUUGUGGAGGAGUUUAUUCGAGAACAAGUGGAGCUACUCCAGACCACAGGAGGCAUCCAAGGGACUUUACCACUGACCAUCCAGAAGGUGUUGGCAUCCCAAGCCUGCCACGGGGCCAUUAAGUUUAAUGAUGGCCUGAGCUUCGAGGAGAGCUGUCGCCUUAUUGAAGCGCUAUCCUGGUGCCAGCUGCCGUUCCAGUGUGCUCAUGGCAGGCCCUCCAUGCUGCCAUUAGCUAACAUCGACCACUUGGAGCAGGAAAAACAGACUAAACCCAAUCUUGCUAAACUUCGCAGAAUGGCUCAGGCCUGGCAUCUCUUUGGAAAAGGAGAAGGAUGUGAUGUAGGGCAAGGCCUGCAGGCAUCCAUGCCUCCUUGUGAGCUGCAAGAGAGAGCAGAAUUACUGUCUGUAAGGAACCAAAGGGAUGCUGACUGUAGGCCUUUGAGCAGAGAGCAUGAGCAAUAGACACCAAUCGGGUCUUGACUGAAUGGGCCUGGGGCCCUGAUCAGCAUCUCCAUCUUCCCUGAGCAGGUGAUCCCUCCAGUUGAGGAGCCAGAUGGAUUUCAAGCCUAAAGACAGGCCAUUCAUUGGCAUCCAUGGACACAGGAGGUUGCCUUCUAAUGUCUACAUUUUGUAAUUUAUAAAGGGGAUAAAAUUUAAUGAUUAA